AAUCUUUAAAUAUGGCAGCCUCCAUGGAGGAAGCUGACGACGAAGGAAACGAAACUUUAGGAUUUGUUAUCGACGAGGUGAUCAAUAACAUUGGUUCUUCGUGGGAUCCAACAAACUCUGUUGACUGGGAAAGAGAAAAAGUCACGCCACAAUGUUUAACAAGAAUCAAACGAGACAUCAUGUCAAUAUACAACGAACCCCCUCCAUGUAUGUGUAUUGUGCCACACAAAGAUGACAUGACAAUGAUCCAUGCUUUGAUAACGGGACCAUUUGAUACUCCAUAUGAGGGAGGAUUCUUCUACUUUGUGAUUCGCUGUCCACCAGAUUAUCCAAUCAGAGCACCGCGGGUGAAGCUCAUGACAACAGGGGAUAACCAAGUCAGAUUUAAUCCAAAUCUGUACAAAAAUGGGAAAGUCUGCCUCAGCAUAUUGGGAACUUGGUCAGGGCCUGCCUGGAGCCCAGCUCAGAGUCUUUCCAGCGUUCUGAUCUCAAUCCAAUCCUUGAUGAAUGAAAAACCAUACCACAAUGAACCAGGUUUUGAAAGGGAAAGGAUGGCUGGGGAUGUGAAACUAUACAAUGAGAUUAUUCAACAUGAAACCCUGAGGGUGGCCGUCUGUGAUAUGUUGGAUGGAGGGUGCAGUUGUCCAGACACACUGAGAGAGGUUAUGGAGACCUCGUUUCUAGAGUAUUAUGACUACUAUAAAUCUGUGUGCUCCUCAAAGAGACACCUACAGGGUCAAACAAUGCAGGAUCCAUUUGGGGAAAAGAGAGGCUGUUUUAAUUAUGAAUCCAUUGAAAAAAGGCUGGAUGCAAUAAAGAGACGAUUAGAUGAAAAACAGGUGCCAUCAAGUGAUGAUUCAUCUGAAGAGUCGGAGAUGGAGACAAACGAGAAGACCGGUGACAUUACAGAGAAUACAGAGAGGGACACUGCUGGGGUCACAGAGGCCAAGGACACUGAAAAUGUCAAGGCCAUCAGCUGAUGCACAUUCAAAUGUUGAUGCAACAAACUCUGUGAUAAUUUUAGGUCCAGUGUUUGCACACUUAUGUUCAAUGUAAUUUUCAAGGAACAGACUGCCACUUUGGCACUGUGAUAAGAACAUACACUAAAGGGUAGAAAAUGAGAUGAAUUACCUUGUGAAUUCCAGAACAUGAUUACCUUAUAUGUCUGUCUUUCAGAUGUAAAUUGUAUGUUUUAAGGGAACAAUUUUGUACACAAAACUAAAAUGUAUUUCUUUUAAUACUGUAGAAUGACACUAUUAUAAUUAAUAAAAAGUCAACUGUCAGACAGUUUAAAUGUUAUUGUCAUAAGUAUCUGUAGUAAGUACAAGAACCAGUUAUCAACUACAUUUGUAUAACUCAGUCACAGCUUUCCUGUCAACACUUGGCAACAAUAAGCAAUGUACAUAAAGGGUAAAACCUAAAUAUGUGUCAUAUUUGAAAAUGUAUCCAACUCCAUAUGAGUACAUACAAAUGGAUAUUCAUCUUUCCUAUAUUCUUCAUCUUAGAAUGACUUUGACAAAUUUUGGCUUUUCCUUCUGUGAUCACAAUCCCAGAAAUGUGUAAUUAGCUGCCAUUUAGACAGCUGGGCCUAGAAUUCAUUUUAAAGUAACAGAAUGGUUCCCCCAUGUGGACUGCUUUGUUUUUGCACUAAGGAGAUUUUAUUUUUAGAUUCUUGUGUUAUGUUACUGUGUAUGUGUUAAAUAGAUAAUUCCUAUGUUAGCUUUAAGCACCAUUAAUUUUGAUAUGUAAUAAAGCUAAGAUUGCA